GUCUACCGGAAGUGCCUGGGCGGGACCAACGGCCACGUGGGGGGGGUUCGAGCCCCGUUGCUGCUUUCGGAGCCGAAUCUGAACCCGGACCCGGAGCCAUGUUUCUGCAAUAUUACCUUAACGAGAAGGGGGAUCGGGUCUACACCCUGAAGAAACUGGACCCCGCGGGCCAGCAGACCUGCUCGGCGCACCCUGCCCGCUUCUCCCCGGACGACAAGUACUCCCGCCACCGUAUCACCGUGAAGAAGCGCUUCGGGGUGCUCAUGACCCAGCAGCCGCGCACCGUCCUCUGAGCCCGCACCCUGUGCCCCCCAGCACAGCUCAGCACCGCACAGCCCAAGCCAGACCACCCCCGCUGGAUCGCCCCCACUUCUAGGCCGGGACCACGUUGACUAUCGGACACGCCUCCGUACUAUUAAAAACCCAACUUUCAAAUGUC